UGCAGACUGCACUCUUGACAUCAACAUCCAACUCUGAACUCGCCUCAAAGUGAAGGUUCGUUGCUUUGACCUUCUGAUUGUGACAGUGGAGUCGGACUCCUGAGGCGAGGAAACCAAAUGACCACCAUGCAGAUGAGGACUCGCUCGAGCUUCACAUGGUGCGGCUGGAACUGAAGGAUGUGGAGAAGCAGAUCCGCGGCCUACUCGACAAGCAGGCCCAGCUGCUGGAGCGACAAACUGCACUGGAAACAUCUUGUGCCUCUGCCCACAUAUCCAAGGCACCAACACACCUCGGGCCUUGGGUGAACCAGCGGCGGAAGGCGCGGGCUGGACCCUCUCCACCUCCGGUGUUCGAGAUUCCAACCAGGAACCGCUUCGCCCCUCUCCGUCAGACCAGACCCAACGCUGUGACCGUCGGGGACUCCAUUGUGCGGAACGUCCGUGUAGCCUCAUCUAAAGGUAAGGUGCGCACACACUGUUUUUCUGGUGCUUGUGUCCUUGAUGUCGCUGCGCAGGUAUCCGGGAUCCUGAAGAAGGACGAGCGCAUUGGAGCGGUUGUGCUGCACGCGGGGACGAACGACACCAGGCUGCGGCAGACGGAGGUUCUGAAGAGGGACUUCUCCAGCCUGAUCGAGACGGUACGAGGCAGAUCCCCCACCGCGAAGAUCAUCGUCUCUGGACCUCUUCCCACAUACAGAUGUGGAGCAGAAAAGUUCAGUAGACUUCUAGCAUUAAAUGAUUGGUUAGUCUCUUGGUGUAAUGAGCAGAAUCUGGUGUUUGUCAAUAACUGGAAUCUGUUCUGGGAGCGUCCUAGGUUGUUUCGUCCUGAUGGCCUGCACCCCAGCAGCCUUGGAGCGGAACUGCUGUCAGACAACAUCUCCAAGGCGCUACACUCCAAGUGACUGCCUACCCCGAGCCCCACACGAAUUUAUGGGGAUACUAGAGAUCCAGAUCCUUUCUGCCUCUGGAUGGAGCUCAAAUCUUCUCUAAUUCCAGACUGCUGGGACUACGGCUGCUCCUAAGGCCAUACAGACUUCAUAUAAAUCCAUAAUGAACUUUUUCACACUAACUGUUGUUACCCAGAUGAGGAUGGGUUCCCUUCUGAGUCGGGUUCCUCUCAAGGUUUCUUCCUCUUAAAACAUCUUAGGGAGUUUUUCCUUGCCACCGUCGCCACUCAGUGGCUUGCUCAGUUGGGAUAAAUUCACACCUUUAAUAUCUGUAUACCAUGUUGAUAUUUCUGUAAAGCUGCUUUGAGACAAUGUCUAUUGUAAAAAGCGCUAUACAAAUAAAAUUGAAUUGAAUUGAAUAGCCAUCCAAAGACUAAAGUUUUACAUAAUUAUUGACAUAUGGAGCUCAAAUUUUUACUACAGUCCAGAGAAUUAUACUUGUUGAGGUUGAGUGAAAAAUGUGGAAUUAGUUUGCAACAGUAGUUUAAAAAAAAUUACAAAUAUUUUAUGAUUUGAUUGACACCAGUAGUCAUUCAUGAUCUUCCAUGAUUUUAGGACAAAUUAUACAGAAGUUAUAAGCACAAAUAACAUUUUUUCCAAGAAAGACUCAUAAACUUACCUCCCUCAUAAAUGUGUCAAGGUUGUGACCCACUUAGUCUGAGAACAAUGGUCUCUGUUAAUUAUGGACAUUUCCAUGGCUUGUCUGGGACCUAGUGGAUUGCUAUGUAUAAAAGGUGUGUCUCAGGCUUUAGUUUAGCUCUCCUGCUUUUGAUUUUGAGCAGAUGCAAAUGUGGGAACUUUGCCAGCAAAAUAUCCCACAGAGAACACUUUUCUUUCAAAGACAUCAAAUCAGGAUACUUAUAACCUCCUUUUUCUUGCAUUGUGCUAGUUGUAUGUUAUUUGCAUGCUCCAUGAAUGUGUAACCCCUCCUCUUUUAAAUGUAUUUUUGUUUGUUAUUUUAUUUAAUUUGUUAUUGGUGGGUUAAAGCUAUAAAGCUUCUCUGUGCGCCUUCUUCAGUGUUGUCAUGGUACUUUAGUUAGAAUUAGUUUUGCCCACUGUCUAUCAUUCAGAUUCAUUGUGCUCAUUAUCCAACUGCCUUAUCUAUCAGUAUAAUCAUUACAUUUGUAUAUACAGUGAUGCUUGAAAGUUUGUGAACCCUUUCUGCAUAAAUAUGACCUAAAACUUCAUCAGAUUUGCACAAAUAAUUUAUUUAUUGAGGAAAAUGAUCCAAAUGUUUAAUAUCUGUGGGUGGCAAAAGUAUGUGAACCUUUGCUUUCAGUAUUUGCUGUGAUCCCCUUGUGCAGCAAUAACUGCAACUAAAUGUUUCUGGUAACUGUUGAUCAGUCGUGCACAUUGGCUUGGAGGAAUUUUAGCCCAUUCCUCAGUACAGAAAAACUUCAACUCUGGGAUGUUGGUGGAUUUCCUCAUGUGAACUGCUUGCUUCAGGUCCUUCCACAACAUUUCUAUUGGAUUAAGGUCAGGAUUUUGACUUUACAAAAUAUUAACUUUAUUCUUCUUUAACCAUUCUUUAGAAGAAUGACUUGUGUGCUUAGGGGCAUUAUCUUGCUGCAUGACCCACUUUCUCUUGAGAUUCAGUUCAUGAACAGAUGUCCUGAUAUUUUCCUGUAGAAUUUGCUGGUAUAAUUCAGAAUUCAUUGUUCCAUCAAUGAUGGCAAGUCAUCCUGGCCCUGAAGCAGCAAAACAGGCCCAAACCAUGAUACUACCACCACCAUGUUUCACAGAUGUGAUAAGGUUCUUAUGCUGGACUUUUUCCAAACAUAACCCUUCUCAUUUAAACCGAAAAGUUCUAUUUUGGACUAAUCUAUCCACUAAACAUUUUUCCAAUAGCAUUCUGGCUUGUCCAUGUGAUCUUUAGCAAACUUCAGACAGGCAGCAAUGUUCUUUUUGGAGAGCAGUGGCUUUCUUCUUGCAACCCUGCCAUGCACACCACUGUUGUUCAGUGUUCUCCUGAUGAUGUACUCUUGAACAUUAGUAUUAGACAAUGUGAGAGAGGCCUUUAGUUGCUUAGAUGUUACCCUGGGUUCCAUUAUGACCUUGCGGACUAUUACAUGUCUUUCUCUUGCAGUGAUCUUUGUUGGUCAACCACUCAUGGGGAGGGUAACAAUGGUCUUAAAUUUUCUCUAUUUGUAUACAGUCUGACUGUGGGGUGGAGUCCAAACUCUUUAGAGAACAGGUGUUGUAAAGAUCAGACUUUGAUAAAUCUCUGUUCUUUAAAUAAAACAUGGUGCACACUCACACCUGAUUGUCAUCCCAUUGAUUGAAAUCACCCGACUCUAAUUUCACCUGCAAAUUAACUGCUAAUCCAAGAGGUUCCCCUACUUUUGCCACUCACAGAUUUGUAAAAUUGGAUAAUUUUCUUCAAUAAAUAAAUGACAAGGUAUAAUGUUUUUGUCUCAUUUGUUUAAUUGGGUUCUCUUUGUCUACUUUUAGGACAAUGUUGUUUUAGGUCUUAUUUAUGCAGAUAUAUACAAAAAUUAUGAAGGGUUUUCAAACAAACUUUCAAGCAGCACCAUAUUUUUCAUUUCCAUAUUUUGUAUUAUACUGCUAUGCAUCUUUCUUCAGUCUCUCAUCACAAAAAAGUCCUGCAAACUAUCAAUGGAUUCACAUAAUUUGACAUAACUCAAAUGAAUUAUCCUUCAUAUUAUCCUUCAAAUUAUUUUUUAUCUUGGUGAUGCAACCAUAAUUACAUAAUUUCUCCUUCUGAUUUUUUUGUCCAUGGGAUUGGUGCACAG